GGCUGGGGCUGGGGCUGGGGCUGGGGCUGGGGCUGGGGCUGGGGCUGGGGCUGGGGCUGGGGCUGGGGCUGGGGCUGGUGCCGGUGCCGGCAUGGCUGAAGGCUGCGCUCCGCAACCUUGAAGAGCGACUGCGGCAGGAGGCAGGGUCUGGGGAGGCGGGUGCGAUGGCAGAGCGCGGCCCCCGCCGCUGCGCCCAGCCGAGUCUGCUGGCCUGAGCCGCUGGAGGAGUGGGGCUGCCUCUGCGCUUCCAUGGAGCAGCGGGAAGGGCGAGACUCCGCAGCGCGGCGUUCCUGCGCUGCCGCGGCGGACUGUUGAAGGGGCCGAGCCCGCGCGAUCACCGACCAAGGAGCCCCCGCCCCAGCCCGCAGGCCCGCGGAUCGGCGCGGCGGGGUCCGUCAGAGGGCGGCGGAGGCGCGCGGAGCGAGCGGCGCCGGGGGGAGAGGCCGGCGCGGGAGGCGGCCGCAGCAAUGCCGGGCCCGCUGGGGCUGCUCUGCUUCUUCGCCCUGGGGCUGCGCGGCUCGGCCGAACCCAGCGGCGCGGCGCCGCCUCUGUGCGCGGCGCCCUGCAGCUGCGACGGCGACCGUCGGGUGGACUGCUCCGGGAAGGGGCUGACUGCCGUGCCGGAGGGGCUGAGCGCCUUCACUCUAGCACUGGAUAUCAGUAUGAACAACAUUACUCAAUUACCAGAAGAUGCAUUUAAGAACUUCCCUUUUUUAGAAGAACUACGAUUGGCUGGCAACGACCUUUCUUUUAUCCACCCAAAGGCCUUGUCUGGGUUGAAAGAACUCAAAGUUCUAACCCUCCAGAACAACCAGUUGAAAACAGUACCUAGUGAAGCCAUCCGUGGACUGAGUGCUUUGCAGUCUUUACGUUUAGAUGCCAACCAUAUUACCUCAGUCCCGGAGGACAGCUUUGAGGGACUUGCGCAGUUGCGACACUUGUGGCUGGAUGAUAACAGUUUGACAGAGGUGCCAAUGCAUCCCCUCAGCAAUCUUCCCACUCUGCAGGCACUGACCUUGGCUCUCAAUAAAAUCUCAAGCAUCCCUGACUUUGCAUUCACUAACCUAUCAAGUUUGGUGGUUUUGCAUCUUCAUAACAAUAAAAUUAAGAGCCUGGGUCGACACUGUUUUGAUGGACUAGAUAACUUGGAGACCUUGGACUUGAAUUAUAACAACCUGGUAGAAUUUCCUCAGGCUAUCAAAGCCCUUCCUAGCCUAAAAGAACUGCUAUUUCAUAGUAACUCUAUUUCUGUUAUUCCUGAUGGAGCAUUUGAUGGUAAUCCACUAUUAAGAACUAUACAUUUGUAUGAUAAUCCAUUAUCAUUUGUGGGGAACUCAGCAUUUCACAAUUUAUCUGACCUGCAUUCUUUGGUCAUUCGUGGUGCAGGCAUGGUACAACGCUUCCCCAAUUUGACUGGAACUGUCCAUUUGGAGAGCUUGACCUUGACAGGCACAAAAGUAAGCAGCAUAUCUAGUAAUUUAUGCCAAGAACAGAAGAUGCUUAGGACUUUGGACUUGUCUUAUAACAACAUAAAAGACCUUCCAAGCUUUGAUGGUUGCCAUGCUCUGGAAGAAAUUUCUUUGCAGCGUAAUCAGAUCCACCAAGUAAAGGAAGGCACCUUUCAAGGCCUGAUAUCUCUUAGGAUUCUAGAUCUGAGUAGAAAUCUGAUCCAUGAAAUCGACAGCAGAGCUUUUGCCAGGCUUGGGUCAAUAACUAACCUAGAUCUCAGUUUCAAUGAACUAACUACAUUUCCUACGGAAGGCUUAAGUGGGCUAAAUCAAUUGAAACUUGUGGGUAACUUCAAAAUGAAAGAAGCCUUAUCAGCAAAAGACUUUGUUAAUCUGAGGUCUUUAUCUGUACCAUAUGCUUAUCAGUGCUGUGCAUUUUGGGGUUGUGACUCUUACGCACAUGCAAACACAGAAGAUAACAGUCUCCAGGACCACAGUGUGGCAAAGGACAAAGGUCUCACCAAUUUGGCAGCUGUCACAAGCAGUGCUGAAAAUGAAGAACAUAGUCAAGUGAUUAUCCAUUGUACACCCUCUACAGGUGCCUUUAAGCCUUGUGAAUAUUUGCUUGGAAGUUGGAUGAUUCGUCUUACUGUCUGGUUCAUUUUCUUGGUUGCAUUGUUUUUCAACCUGCUGGUGAUUUUAACAACAUUUGCAUCUUGUACUACACUGCCUUCCUCCAAGAUGUUCAUAGGCCUGAUUUCUGUGUCUAAUUUAUUCAUGGGAGCUUAUACAGGCAUCUUGACUUUUCUGGAUGCGGUAUCCUGGGGUAGAUUUGCUGAAUUUGGUAUUUGGUGGGAGAUUGGCAAUGGCUGUAAAAUAGCAGGGUUUAUUGCAGUUUUCUCCUCAGAAAGUACCACUUUUUUGUUAAUGUUAGCAGCUGUUGAAAGAAGUAUAUCUGCAAAAGAUAUGGUGAAAAAUGGGAAAAGUAAUCACCUCAGACAGUUCCAGAUUGCUGUUCUUUUUGCAUUUCUGGGAGCAGCAGUAGCAGGGUGUUUCCCACUUUUUGGAGGGGAGUAUUCUGCAUCACCUCUGUGCUUGCCAUUUCCCACAGGAGAAACCCCAUCGUUAGGAUUCACUGUAACUUUAGUAUUAUUGAACUCACUAGCAUUUUUAUUAAUGGCCAUUAUCUACACUAAACUUUACUGCAACUUGGAAAAAGAGGACCUUUCAGAGAACACACAGUCCAGCAUGAUUAAGCACGUGGCUUGGCUCAUCUUCACCAAUUGUAUCUUUUUCUGCCCUGUUGCAUUUUUCUCAUUUGCGCCACUGAUCACUGCAAUCUCUAUCAGUCCUGAAAUAAUGAAGUCUGUGACUCUGAUAUUUUUCCCAUUACCUGCUUGCCUAAAUCCAGUCCUGUAUGUUUUUUUCAACCCAAAGUUUAAAGAAGACUGGAAGUUACUGAAGCGACAUAUUACCAAGAAAAGUGGAUCGGUUUCAGUUUCCAUCAGUAGCCAAGCUGGUUGUGUGGAACAGGAUUUCUAUUAUGACUGUGGCAUGUACUCACAUUUGCAGGGCAACCUGACCGUGUGUGACUGCUGUGAAUCCUUUCUUUUGACAAAACCAAUAUCAUGCAAACAUUUAAUAAAAUCUCACAGCUGUCCUGCCUUGGCAGUAGGUUCUUGCCAAAGACUAGAUGGCUAUUGGUCUGAUUGUGGCACACAAUCGGCCCACUCUGAUUAUGCAGAUGAAGAAGAUUCCUUUGUCUCAGACAGUUCUGACCAGGUACAGGCUUGUGGGCGAGCCUGCUUCUAUCAGAGUCGAGGAUUCCCUUUGGUGCGCUAUGCUUAUAAUCUACCAAGAGUCAAAGAUUGAGUUAAUGUAGUUGUGACUGUUUCCCCCAUCAACCAGAAACCCCAUUGUCUAUAAAAUGAACCCUCAUCUGACUCUUCGUCAUCUGGGAAGCACUUCUGUGAUCACUGCCUGGUGACACUCAGAAGAAGGAGAUGGUGGCAGUUUAUUUCUUAAACCUGACAUUUUCAAAGAACAAGUGCCUAUCAGCUGGUGUAAAACACAACACAGUGUCCAAGCAAUGUGUGGUUUAUUUGAAACAAAUUUGUAACUUGAGAAAUGUUAUGUAUACCAUAGCAAUGUAACUUUGGAUCUUUUUGAGCCAUAGGAAGCAAAUUUAUACCUUUUCUGAAUUAAGUACAUGAUCAACAACACCUAAUAUUUUUAGAGAAUAUUUUAUGUGAUUUUUGUACAACUGAAGAAAAAAAUCUUGCUAAUUUUACCUAAUAUUUUAUCAUUAAUCUCAGGACAACUUACUGCAGGGCCAAAAAAGGGAUUGUCUCCCAAGUAGAACUGUGAGAAUAUGUGUAGGCAUUUUCUAUUCUGUCUUUGACAUAAUUGAAUCAUAAUUUUUUGAUUUAUAACUGAAAACAACUGAAUAUGUUUUUAAAACAAUAUUCGUAACUGUUAGAUUUAAAAAGAGUAGCCGAACAUUUGUCAGUGAUACAUUGCUUUGGUAUUAUCACAGUAAUAUUUUCCUCUGUGUUACAAUAAUACACAUAGGAAAAGGGACUAAUUCUGUUUAGUAGAUUUGACUAAUUUGAUAUGGGAUUUGAAUAGUACCUGAGGGAUUUGAUGUAAUACAUCCAUUAAUAAGCAUUCCCCGAUACCAUUGGUUCUACCAUUAUUUUCCAAAUUUUACUGGUAUGUCAUCUCUCUAAAGUUUUAAUUAUACAGAAAGAAAACUAUGUUAAAUAAUUGCAUUCAAUUGGAAGAAAUUGGGAAUAAUUUUGACACUAAGUACUUACGUCUGUUUCUCCAUGAAUUGGAUUCUCCUGAACCAGUACAAUUAUUUGGGCAUUUCCAUACAAUUUCCCUCCAAUUGUGAUUUAUGAAAGGACCUAUGUGACAGUUCACAUGAUGUGUUCUUGUGAGACAAGAAAAAUAUGUCACUAAGGGGGGGAUUAAGGAAUAAAGUUGACGCCUGUGUCUUUAAAAAAUAAGAGUUUUUAUUUAAUUUUCAUUUAUGGACUUUUUCACAUGUCACUAUGUGGAGUUAUUAUAAAAGUGUUCAUAUGUUUUUUGAGAAAUAUGGUAAAUCAGUAGCAAGCCCACUACCAUACUAGUUGUUCAGGAUAUACUAAAAGCAUUAAGCUAGGUUGCAGUUUAAUAAUUAAACUGUACAUACUGUGCAUAUAAUGAAUUUUUAUCUUAUGUAAAUUAUUUUAGAACACAAGUUGGGAAAUGUGGCUUCUGUUCAUUUUGUUUAAUUAAAGCUACCUCCUAAACUAUAGUGGCUGCCAAUAGCAGAAUGUUAAAUUGUGGUUUAUAUACAUUUUCUGCAUUGUAAAUAGUCUUGGUUGUACAUUGUCAGUGUAAUAAAAACAAAACCUUUGUAUAUCAAAAUCAUGUAGUUUGUAUAAAAUAGGAGGGAUCUAUUUACAGUGUGCUGUAAUUUUUAAGGCCUACUAUUCACAAGUUUUUUAAAUUGUUAUCAUAUUUGUAUAUUUACACAUCUGAUAAAUAUUAAAUCUUAACUUGGUGAAAAUA